CGCCGCUGCCGCCUCCGCCGCCCGCUCCCUUGCCUCCGCCCUGCUCCUCCCUCACCUGCCGCUGCUGGAGCCCCACCUGCGGCCGCAGCAGCUGGUCACCCUGCUGGCGGCCCUCAUGCCGGCGGGGGCGGCGGCGCUGCAUGCGGCAGCACACGCCUACCCAACACCCUCGCCACCGCCACCGGCACCGUCGUCCGCGCGGGGGCUGCUGUUCUCCCGCGGAGGAGCGGCAAGCGCCCCGGGUUCCGGGUCGAGUGCUGCGGUAGCCGGCGGGAGAGGAGCAGCAGCGGCGGCGGCAGCAGGGGAGCAGCGGGCGGGGGCAGGAGGGGCCAGCGGUGGCGGUGUGGGCGACCAGCUGGCGGCCCUGGCUGCUGCGCUGCGGCGGCGAACGGACCCGCGCACCGCCCGCGACAUGCGGCAGCUCUUCCUGGCAUGGCAUGCGCUGGCGGCAGCGCGAGUGGCGGGGGCGGGGGGCAGCGACGACCCACGGGUCGUGGGGGCGCUGGCGGCGCCGGUGAUGGCGAGUGCGGUACGGCACGCGGGGCACCUCGGCUCGCCGAACGAGGUGGUUCGGUUCGUUGUCAGUUGCGCCAUGCUGUCAGUGUACGACAGGGCGGCUCUGGACGCCAUGACGGCGCCGCUGCUGGCCUCGUCCGCGGGAGCGGUGGGCGGCAACGGAGGUGGUGGCGGGGCCGGCAGCCGGCCGCAGCAGCAGCAGAAGGGCGGCGGGCAGAGGAGUGUGGGCAGGUUCGCACCGGUCAACGGCGGCGGUUACGGCGGCGGAGCAGGCGGUGGGUGGUCCUCGCUGUCUCCCACCUCCCUUGCCCAACUGGCGUGGGCGGUGGGGCAGCUGGGGUACGACAACCAGGAGCUGCUGGCGGCGAUACAGGCCCGCGCUCUGGCCCUCAGCGCCCCGCCCGCAUUCGGACCCGCGCACAUGCAGCUCAUAGGGGGGCCGGGGGGCAGCGGCGCCUCCUCCCCUGCUGCCGCCGCCGCCUCCUCAGGCCGGGGUGCUGCUGCCACUGCCGCUGCUGGCGGGUGCGAGGUCGGCGCCCCCCCGCUGCCCGGUGCCCCGCUGCUGGGUCCGCUGGAGCUGUCCGACGUGAUGUGGGGCCUGGCGGUGAACGGGCUGCGCACCAACCGGGGGGCGGAGCUGCGGGAGCUGUACAUGCGGGCCGCCUCCCAGGGUGUGGUGCACAUCGACGACCCUCGCUGGCUGCGGCUGGUGCGCGUGCACCUGCUGCUGCUGCUAGGCUGGGCGGGCGGGCUGGGCGAGCAGGCGGCGGGGCAGCUGCGGAGCGGCUGGUUCCAUGCGCUGGGGUAUGCGUGGGAGCACCAGGCCGUAUCCCGUUGCGAGCACCUAGCCGGCCCCACCGGCCUACCGCCCGACCCCGACCCGGCCGCCCUCGCAUUCCGCAGCAGCCUCCUCGCCACUGCCCGCGAGCUGCUUCGAGGCGGGGGCGGUGGCGGGCUGUGGGGGGGCAGCAGCAGCCCUGACAGCGGUGGUGUUGCUGACAGCGGUGAUGGCGUUGUGGGUCGGUGGCGGCUGCAGCCGGGCUACGUGUGGGGCAUGCUGCAGCCCUCCGCCGACAUCCGCCUCACCCUGCCGCUGCUGGCACGACAAGUGGGCGGAGG